AUGGAUUCCAUCACUGUCCUGUGACUCCUUCCCACCAUGGCAAAUAAUAACAAAGACAGUAAACUUCACAUAGCCAUGUUCCCAUGGCUGGCCUUUGGCCAUAUGCUUCCAUACCUUGAACUCGCCAAGCUGGUCGCCGGAAAAGGCCACAAAAUCUCAUUCAUCUCCACCCCAAAAAACAUUGACCGCCUUCCUCCUCUCCCGCCAAAACUCUCACACCUAAUCAACUUCGUCAAGCUUCCACUGCGACAGAAUCAGGAUCUUCUGAAAGGUGCUGAGGCCACCGCGGACUUGGCCGAAAACAAAGUCUCGCAUCUCAAGACAGCCUACGAUUCUCUCCAAGAGCCAAUCACCCAAUUCCUCAAGACUUCAAAGCCGGAUUGGCUACUUUUCGAUUUCGCCCCUUACUGGGUACCAAAAAUAGCCCAUACUCUAGGGAUUUCGACUGCCUUCUUCAGCAUUAUGAUCGCCGCUGUUUUGUCCCUCAUCGACCCCACCUUGCCGGAGAUAGCUGCUGGUGACCGAAAAUUCCCGGAGGAUUACACUGUCCCUCCAAAGUGGGUGCCAUUUCCGACCCAUCAGGUUUGAGAAGUCCUAGGUUUGGAGAAGUCCGGUUUGCCCUUCUUUUGGGCUCUGAGAACCAAAGACGGCGAGGACGCGGUAAAGCUGCCGGAGGGUUUUGAGGAGAGAAAUAAAGGGCGGGGAGUGGUGUACAGGAGUUGGGUACCACAACUGAAAAUAAUAGCUCACGACUCGUUCGGUGUGUUUCUCAGUCACGCUGGUUGGAGCUCGGUGGUGGAGGCGUUGACUUUUGGAAGACCGUUGGUGUUGUUGCCCAUGUCGAAUGAUCAAGGUCUGAAUGCGAGGUAUUUUGGAGAGAAGAGGGUCGGGUAUGAACUGCCGAGGAACGAGGAAGAUGGGUCGUUUACGAGUGAGGCAGUGGUGGAGUCGCUGAGGAUGGUGAUAGAGAAGGAGGAGGGGAGGGUUUACAGGGAGAAGGCCAAGGAGUUGAAGCAUCUGUUCGGAGACAGGGAGAGGCAAAAUGUGUACGUUGACAAGUUUCUGGAGUACCUCAAAACCCACAAAGGAUGGUUCAGCAUGAUUGGGGACGUUAAUGCAUGAUUCAAACCCAAGCAAGGAUUAUUACUUUGUUGAUCAUCGCUCUAUUACUGGCUGAUGGUAUUUUUGUGUUUCCUUCGGGAUUUAACGUACUGAACCUAUUCCACUAUUGUUGUGUAAGCUGCUUCUUUUCUUUUGUUUAAUUUGUCUGGGUUGAAUAAUUUAGCAGAUGAUUGUGAAAAAUACUCAUCAUUAAGUUCAUGCAUGC